AUGCUGGUCGGAGGGCUGUUCUUCACCACCCGGUGCCCGGACGCCCAGGCCCGGGGGGGUCAGCCGGGGGAGGACGGACAGGAGGAGGAGGAGGAGGGGGCCAGCCACCCGCUGAGCCGGAUCAACCGGACCGCCUUCACCCAGAGCCAGUACGAGCGCAGGACCGGGACGCCGAGCCUGAAAAGAGGCAGCAGAAGGAAUCCGGGUCAGAACAAGCUGUUAGGGUAUAAAUGUCUCCUGUCAGCAUGCAAAUCAGAUGCAAAAGCUGCCUUUAAUGUGGCCGAUAGCGAGGUGGACGGUAGGCCAAAGCCGCCCGUGUUCGGGGGAAAGAGGAAGCUGGGCUGCAAAGUGCACGUUCCCUCCGUGGAAGCCGCAUCCUUUAAGGACCCACAUCCUGAGAAAAAGCUAACACUCAUUUCACCACAUCUCUGGAGAGACUCCACACCUUUGGACCUACUUUUGUUUGACGACCGCAAGAAGGUUUUAUUUUUAGACAUGGUGGCGGCCGGGUUUCAGAUUCUGGGCAUCGCCCUGGGCAUCAUCGGCUGGGUCGGGACCAUCGUCACGUGCGCCCUGCCCCAGUGGCGGGUGACCGCCUUCAUCGGGCAGAACAUCGUCACGGCGCAGACCACCUGGGAGGGCAUCUGGAUGACCUGCGUGGUCCAGAGCACCGGUCAGAUGCAGUGCAAGGUCUACGACUCCAUGCUCAACCUGCCCCAGGACCUGCAGGCCGCCCGGGCCCUGACCAUCGUCUCCAUCCUGGUGGGGAUCGUGUCCAUCCUCCUGGCCGUGGCGGGGGGCAAGUGCACCAACUGCAUCGAUGACGAAAGCGCCAAGGCCAAGGUGUGCGUGGCCGCGGGGGUCAUGUUCCUCAUCGCCGGCGUGCUGUGCCUCGUCCCCGUCUGCUGGACGGCCCACGCCACCAUCAGGGAGUUCUACGACCCCAUGCUGGUCAGCUCCCAGAAGAACGAGCUGGGGGCGGCGCUCUUCAUCGGUUGGGGGUCCGCCGCCCUGCUCAUCAUCGGCGGAGGGCUGCUCUGCGCAAACUGCCCCCCCAAAGACGCCUACUCCGCCAAGUACACGGCCCCACGCUCGACCGCGCCCAAAGACUACGAGCUAAAGAUGGUCUCUCAGGGGGUCCAGGUGACCGGCAUGCUGCUGGCCGUGGUGGGCUGGUUCCUGGUCAUCAUCGUGUGCGCCCUGCCCAUGUGGAAGGUCUCCGCCUUCAUCGGGGCCAACAUCAUCACGGCCCAGACCAUCUGGCAGGGCAUGUGGAUGAACUGCGUGGUCCAGAGCACGGGCCAGAUGCAGUGCAAGGUCUACGACUCCCUGCUGGCCCUGCCCCAGGACCUGCAGGCCGCCCGGGCCAUGGUGGUCAUCUCCAUCCUGACGGGGGUCUUCGGUGUGGUCCUUUCCAUCGCCGGGGGGAAGUGCACCAACUGCAUCGAGGACGAGCGCUCCAAGGCCAAGGCCUGCAUCGCCUCGGGGGUGUCUUUCAUCGUGUCGGGGGUCCUGUGCCUCAUCCCCGUGUCCUGGUCGGCCAACACCAUCGUCACCAACUUCUACAACCCGCUGAUGGCCGCGUCCCAGAGGUACGAGAUCGGGGCGGCGCUCUACGUGGGCUGGGCGGCCGCCGCCCUGCUGCUGAUCGGGGGGGGCCUCCUUCGGCCUCCACCUCCAGGGAAUACGUCUAGGACCGUUCCCCCCAUCCUGGACCCUCAAAGCCGUUCGGAUAAGAAGGAGAAGAAGGAAAGAUUUGCUAUCAGCCUUCUGGACGGCCCUCCUCCUCCUCCUCCUCAGUCUGCGACAGACAACAGGAGGGAGAGGCAGCCUACUCAGAGCCGACAGAGCCCGGUCGCCAUGGGGAAGAUCGGCAAGGAAGUGGCCGGCAUGGUGCUGAGCUUCGUGGGCCUGGUCCUGGCGGCGGUCACCUGCGGGGUGCCCAUGUGGAGGGUGACCUCCUACAUCGGCGCCAACAUCGUGACGGGCCAGAUCGUGUGGGACGGCCUGUGGAUGAACUGCGUCAUGCAGAGCACCGGCCAGAUGCAGUGCAAGCUCAACGAGUCGGUGAUGAGGCUGUCCCAGGACCUGCAGGCCGCCCGGGCCCUGGUCAUCAUCUGCCUGGUGGUGGGCCUCAUCGGCUUCAUGAUCACCUUCAUCGGGGCCAAGUGCACCAGCUGCCUGGAGAAGGACUCCUCCAAGGCCAACGUGGUCAUCAUCGGGGGCUGCCUCGUCAUCCUGGCGGCCGUCCUGGUCCUGAUCCCCGUCUGCUGGUCGGCCGCCAUCACCAUCGCCGACUUCCAGAACCCGCUGACCAUCGAGACCCAGAGGAGGGAGAUCGGAGCGUCCAUCUACAUCGGCUGGGCCUCCGCCGCUUUCCUGCUAAUCGGAGGGAUUAUUCUCACCACCUCUUGUCCUCCUCAAAGUACCACGUACCCCGGAUACCCGCCGGGACCGAUGUACCCCUACCAGCCCGCCAACCCGGCCACUUACGGCCCCGUCUACGCACCGCCGUCCAGCGGGCCGUACACAGCCUCGGGGUCUUACAUGCUGGGCUUCUGCCUGGCGGUCAUCGGCUUCCUGGGGACCAUCAUCGUGUGCGCCCUGCCCAUGUGGAAGGUGACCGCCUUCAUCGGCGCCAACAUCGUCACGGCGCAGAUCAUCUGGGAGGGCCUGUGGAUGAACUGCGUCAUGCAGAGCACCGGUCAGAUGCAGUGCAAGAUCUACGACUCCCUGCUGGCCCUGCCCCAGGACCUGCAGGCCGCCCGCGCCCUGGUGGUGGUGGCCAUCAUCGUGGCCGCCUUCGGGGUCAUCCUCGGCGUGGCCGGGGGGAAGUGCACCAACUUCAUCGAGAAGGAGCACACCAAGGCCAAGGUGGCCAUCGCGGCCGGGGUGGUCUUCCUGUGCGCCGGGGUGCUGGUGCUGGUCCCCGUCUGCUGGUCAGCCAACACCAUCAUCCGGGACUUCUACAACCCGCUGAUGACCAACGCCCAGCGGCGGGAGCUGGGCGCCGCGCUCUACGUGGGCUGGGGCACGGCCGGGCUGCUCAUCCUGGGCGGCGCCCUCCUCUGCAGCUCCUGCCCCCCCAAGGAGGGGCCCGAGUACCCGGUCAAGUACGGGGGGGCGCGGUCCAUGGCCAGCAGCCGGGCCUACACGGCCAUGGCCUCCAUGGGGGCCCAGAUGCUGGGCAGCGUCCUGGCCCUCCUGGGCUGGGUCGGGACCAUCAUCACGUGCGCCCUGCCCCAGUGGCGGGUCACCGCCUUCAUCGGGAACAACAUCGUCACCUCGCAGACCGUGUGGGAGGGCGUGUGGAUGAGCUGCGUGGUCCAGAGCACCGGUCAGAUGCAGUGCAAGGUCUACGACUCCAUGCUGGCCCUGGGCAGUGACCUGCAGGGGGCCCGGGCGCUGACCGUGGUCUCCAUCGUCACCGGCCUGGCCGGGCUCCUGCUGGCCUUCGCGGGAGGCAAGUGCACCAAUUUUAUCGCCGAUGAAAGGGCCAAGGCCCGCGCCUCGGUGGGGGCGGGCGUGGUCCUGGUGGUCAGCGGGCUCCUCUGCCUGGUCCCCGUCUCCUGGACGGCCAGCAUCAUCGUCCGGGACUUCUACAACCCGCUGCUGGUGGACGCCCAGCGGAGGGAGAUGGGGGCCUCGCUCUACAUCGGCUGGGGGGCCGCCGGCCUGCUGCUGCUGGGGGGGGGCCUUGCUCUGCACCAGCUGCCCCCCCAAGGAGGAAGACCACAGCCCCUCGGUGAAGUACCUCCUGAACAGGUCAGAGAAGAAGAGCAAAGGGGAGUCCAACAGGAGCUGGGCUUCGUCCUGAGCAUGGCGGGCGUGGCCGGCACGGUGCUGAUCUGCGCGCUGCCCAUGUGGAAGGUGACGGCCUUCGUGGGCGCGCGGCUGGUGGUCAUGCAGGUGUUCUGGGAGGGGCUGUGGAUGACCUGCGUGAGCGAGUACACCGGCCAGAUGCAGUGCAAGCUGUACGACGCCCUGCUGGACCUGGCGCCCGACCUGCAGGCCGCCCGCGGCCUGGUCUGCGUCAGCCUGGUGCUGGGCGUGCUGGCCUUCCUGCUCUUCCUCCUGGGGGCGCGCUGCACCAACUGCCUGGGCCCCCCCGCGGUCAAGGCGGGGCUCGUGGCGGCGUCCGGCGCCGCUUUCGGGCUGGCGGCGCUCGCCGCGCUGACCGCCGUGGCCUGGACGGCGCACGCCGUCGUGGCCGAGUUCCACGACCCCCGCGUGCCCGAGGCGCUGAAGAGGGAGCUGGGCGCCGCGCUCUACGUGGGGUUCGUGGCGUGCGGGCUGCUGCUCGCCGGGGGGGUCCUGCUGUGCGUCAGCGGGCCCCGCCGCGGCGCCCGGUUCCCCCACGCCGGGUACACGCCGCCCACCGGGGCGCCGAGCAGGAGCCACGCCCUCAGGAACUACGAGCGGCUUCAGCUUCUCCUUCAGCCUCUUGGCCUCCUUGGCGGGCAGCACCAGGCGCAGCCUCAUGUGGGCCCGCUGGAUCUCCAUGGUCUCCUUCAGCUGCCGGAUCACCUCCAGAGCCUGGGGAUACCCAACGGGACCCCCACUCAGAAAAACCCGCCCUGCUCUCAUCUUUAA